AUGGUCAAGUCGCUGGACGACAAAGAGUGUGAGCAUGGAUUGCGGUACAAGCACAAUACACUGUACGGAUUUGACGAAAAGAACAAUUCCCUCAGCCGAAUCAACCUCUCCACAUUGAUUUUAUCCGCAUCGGGUAUUCCUGCAAGAAAACAUGAGCAGGUUAUGAGUGUGGGCAUAUCGCUCACCUUGGAAACCACACUAACAAUCGCUUGGCGUCAGCCUAAGAAAUACUCAAGCCUGGAGUAG